AUGGCUAACGUGCUCAAGCGCGCGAACCACGCCGAGGAAAGAAAGCUUAAGAGACAAAGGGGCGGUGGCCCAGCUCAGAAUUACCCAGUCGGGUGGGUUUGCCCUCUGGAUGAAGAGCUCAUUGCUGCGCUGGAAAUGUUGGAUGAGGAACACGCGCCGCUAGCCCAACCUUCCACAGACCACAAUGUCUACCAUCUAGCCGAGAACAACCCGGCCACAGCAGUGGUGACCCAGAUGCGACUCCGAUACCCCAAUCUUCACUUUGCUCUGUUGGUUGGUAUAGGGGGCGGUGUGCCAACGAUAACGGAACAGGGCAUGCUGCGCCUUGGGCUUGUGGUAGUGAGCCAGCCUGUCGAACAUUUUCAGGAGCGAUUCAGUAUCAACAUGGGAAGGCGAAGGAUGCGUGCUCGAUCAGAUAAAGACCAUAUUAUGGAGAAUGUUCAACGCAUAGACACAAGCAAGCCCCAGCUGCGACGGUUCGAGUUCCCUGGUAUCGAAAAUGACAAGCUAUUUCCGGCUGAUUACAAGCAUCCCUGCCCUGGACUGUCCUACGAAGAGAGUGGAUGUGACACAGCACACAGUAUAAAACGCGAGAUAGGUGAACUUGAUGAACUCAUUGUGGUACACCGAGGUACCGUGGCGUCCGGAGAGCUUGUGCUAAAGGACAGUGCACUGAGGGACAAGCUCGCCAAGGAAUACGGGGCCCUGUGUUUCGAAAGGGAGGCUGCCGGAGCGAUGACGGCCAGAUGGGUGAACCGAAUUCUUACUCAUCAUCUUUACACCCUGGCACUCAGCCACAUUGGCAAAGACGGCAAGAGUGUCCUGGAGUGGGCAGUUAGAAAGGAGCGGAUGGCAACAGCGAAGAGGAUCCUACACUGCAGCCCACCUGACUAUUUGCGGAAAGCAUUAUCCUUCGCAUCCAGCACAGGCCGUGAAGAUGUUGUGCGUUUCCUCCUUGUUUCCAGCGCAUAUACUUAUUCGCAAAAACCACUAGUGGAGAAUAACUCACCACUAAUGGCGGCAUCUGCCGGCGGACAUAGUCGCAUUGUCCAACUACUACUCGAAUCCGGAGAAAACGUCAAUACAAGGAAUAGCGGUUACUAUACCUCGCUGCAUUUAGCAGCUCGUGAAGGCCAUAUGAAUGUCGUUCAAUUACUUCUGGACUACGGAGCAAAGCUCAUCGCUGCUAGUGGAAUGAGAACGCCAUUAGACGACGCAGUCUUAGGAGGGAACCCCGAAAUCGUCCAGCUCUUCCUUGAUUUAGGGCCCAAUACUAAAGUUCGCGUCUAUUCAAGAUUUCGUGGUCAUACGAGUCGCCAGCGCAUGUACAUGCCUUUAUUUUCUGAACGUUCCUUAAAACAUGGAGCCAAUGCUCAGCAUGUUAACAGCGAUGGAGUCACCCCAUUACACAAUGCGGCCCAGGCGGCCUGGGAGCCCUCGCGCCAGAUGGAAAUGGUGCAGCUUCUCAUCAAAUGUGGAGCAAGCAUUCAUGCUACAAACUAUGAUGGAGACACCCCAUUACAUCGAGCGGCUGGGCAGGGUGCGAGUCGACAGGUUAUUCAAGGGCUCAUUGCGUGCGGAGCUGAUAUCAACGCUUCCAACGACCACGGAGAAACGCCAUUGCACAUGGCAGCUCGCGGAGGGGAGAUUGAAGCCGCCAGGGCUCUCAUUGACGGUGGAGCUGAUAUUACUGCUACCAACUCCCAAGGGGAAACCGCUUUCCGCGUGGCGGUCAGUGAGCGGCAAAAAGAAAUCAUGGAAUUGCUCAGUGAUUAG